UAGUCACGUGGUAUAAAUUCGGAAAGGUAGAUAGACAGUCGAGGUGUAUUCAGAGUCAGAAAACUAUGAACGUACGAACAUUUUAAAACAUUUUGAAAAAUGGGAUUUUAGAGACACUGUUAAACUUAUAGUGUGUACAAAUGGUGAAUUAAAACCGGACUAUUUUCUUUCAAAUAAACAAUAAUUUCGGUAAAAAUGGAUGUGUUACGUAUGUUAUUCUGUGGAUGUAUAAUUAUUGCGCAUUUUGGAUUAAAUAUAGAAGCUGCAGGUUUGAAAUAUGGUGAAGCUUUUAAAAAUCUAAUCACUGAGAAUGGAUAUAAAGGCGGAGCAACGGGCGUAUUGCUUGGCAACAGACUUGGGUACAUUGAAGGCUUUGGUCAAACAAUAACUGGACACAAUGUCUAUCACGAGACUUUACUCCCAGCCUCGGGAAUUUCUAAAAUUAUCACCGCACUGACCGUUCUCAAACUGUUCCAAGAGAACACGUUGCAUCCAAAUGACAAAAUAUUUGGAGAGCAAGGAAAACUUGCAAAAUUCACUCCAGCUCCUGAGCAGAUUACAGACUCCAGGAUACUGGAUAUCACUGUUGAUGAUUUGCUACGCCAUGCUGGCGGAUGGGAUGCAGAAAUAUCUCCUGUUGCCGAUCCAGUUUUUAAUGAGUUUCUCGUGGAUGGAAACCAUCAUCUUGUCAAUAUAUCUAAAGAAUUGAAACUGAAAACGCCUUUGAAAACUGUUGAUGUCAUUGGGUUCAUGGCAACUCGACGUUUAGAUUUCCAGCCAGGAACUAAAUCAAGUGUCUCUAAUCUUGGAUACCUCAUGCUAGGCCGCGUUAUAGAAGAAGCAACUGGUAUGCCGUAUGACGUAGUAGUCAAAGAAAAUAUCCUAAACAAUUGUGGCAUGUGGCAUACAAGACUAGGUCCACAUACACAUGAGGGACAACAGGUAUAUAAAGGAAGAAACCCUCGUGAAAUCAACGCAGAGCUGCGCGAAAAACAUGAAGUUAUCGGGGAAUAUUAUGCGUACGUUCAAACAUACAUGGUCGAUUCUUGUUUGGGAUGGUUUACAAAUGCGUAUGAUGCAAUGCGACUAGCACAGUGUUUGGACGGCAGUGCAGACUAUAAGCUUCUAAAUGAUUCAACCAUUGAAAAUAUGGCACGUAGGCCGAGACUUGAUCGUUCUAACGACGACAGCUGGUACGGUGCAGGAUUCAAAAUUCACGAAGGCGGUGCCAUUUGGGUUGGUGAAGAGCCUCAUGCUCCCGACGUUGUUUUUCUACAUAGAAACCUAAAACGUCACACACCAGGCACAGUAUAUACUAACGAUGAGAAUGAACCAAUGGCCUGGACGCUUUUAUUUGAAGGAAAGCCAAAUAUUGACGCCCCACUUAAGCAACUUUCAAGAGCAAUGGUCGAGGGAGAGACACAUUGGCCAACGACGAAUGCUUUUGUUAAUGACUUAAAUGACAGGAUUCUCAGUAUAGGGCCAAUAACAAAACUACACAAGUUGAGAGUUGAAGAACAUGUGGCAAAUGCUUACCUGAUUGCACUUCAAAGAACAGAUUAUAACGUCAUAUGGUUGAACGCUUACACUCAUGCGGGAGGCACUUUCAUUACUGUUAUUGCUGAAAGAGACCCUAAAGCAAGUAGAGAAUGCGUUGCUGUAGCGGGAUUAACGAGGGAAAAACUUGUCGACAAGAAGUUGGAACUCGAGGAUCUUGGUUAUAACAUGACAUUUUUCCAAAACUACAAAAGCUUUUCACAUCGAGACAAAUUCGUUUUCUUAGCUGUGUUCCAUAAAGGUGCCUUCCGAAAUGACAGUCGUAUCUUGUACGGCAUUCAGCACUUUGAUCGCCCGUACAAAACCUUGCUUACCCUGUACGAGGAGAAAGGAUACCGUCCAUUGGUCCAGUCAAUAGAAUACAACCGUGAUGACGCCUUAUUAUCGUUUAUUCUUGAAGCGGACUCCGACAAGGAGAAAGAUCAAAAACCCAUUUACUCAUCAGAAGAAAAUCUCAGCGAAGCCCGUUUAGAAAAAUGCGUAAGAAAAUACGCACGUGACCAAAAACGGCUUAUUUACUUGGACGCAUCUAACCAUCGCGGAAAGCCAAAGUUUUCUGCGCUUUUCAAGAAAACACGAAUGACCAAAUGGCUUUUCAGCCAAGGACUUUCACCUGAGGACUUGUUAAUAACAAUAGACGAAAAACAAAAAGAGGGAUACCUCCCCUCAAUUAAUAUUGGGUACAGUACAAAGCGCGAUGAGCUUCUGUUUGCAACGUACAUGGAAAAACCUAUGAAAGACGUUGCCAAUGAUGAUGUGAUAUAACCUACGAGGCAUUCUACUGUCUCGAUAUCAGAAGAAGCAACUGUGAUGAAACAAGUAUAAAAUGAUAAUUAUCUUUUAUCAUGUUAACAGUUUAAACAAUUCUAACACUGUGGUAUACAUAUGCUCUUAUAAGAGCGAUUUGCCAAGAACAAAAAUUAAGGAUUAUAAAAUGUAUAUUACUUGUUUCAGUGUAACUCAGAUUGUCGGAAGUAUUUCUUUCGUGACAUUGAAAAUUACUUGACUUGUAGAUAGUCGAAAGAGACUGAGGCUGUUAUGUUUAGAAUAUCGGUGUUCUUUCGGGGUGAAUUUACCUUUAUUAAGAUUGCGCAAGACGCUUAGUAAAAUAGUCUACAUUAUUACAAGUAAGCAACGGACCGAUAUACGACUUCGGAGUUCGGAGUUCGUUCUUAAAUUUACUUGUGUUCGCUUGAUAAACUUUGUAUAUGAUAUAUGUGUUUUUACGAGGAUUCUAUACAAAUGUGCAUAAGGAAUUCAUGUAGGUGUCAUUAUAAAUCAUGUCACAUGAGACAGACACCAAGACAGCAUAUUAUGACAUUACAUAAUGUGUAAUAUACACUGAAUAGAUUCGUUUAUUAUCAUGCCUUAGAAUAAGGCAGGCAAUUAUUUGGUAUCAGUGCACAUUAUUUAUACGACUGGACAUGUGUUUAUGGGUAUAAAGCACACACCUGAAUAUGUCACAUUAUGCUUCCUUAAGUUCCAUUGCAAUUUAUAUUUAUGUAAAAUGGAUUUGAAUAAGAAACAAUGCAGUAUCCUAUCGAACGUAUGUACUGCAAUUUUAGUUUUAGAAAUUUAGGAAGUAUUUUAGUAUUGACUUUAUGAGUUUACAACGUCUUGCCGCAGCCAAAAAUGAGUUUUGUUUUCAUCAAAUCAACCAUGUGUUUGUUAGGGUAGUUCUUACAUCACUGUAUUACAUUAGUAAUUCCUGAUAAUU